AUGGUGGAAGAGCAGGCAGAGCCUCAACCACUACAGCAACCGGCUGUACAGAUCAUGCAAUCUGUAACAAGUAAAACUUCUGAAAUGUAUAUAACCGCAAGUGGAAUAACGGAUCCAAAGCGAAAACGUGCACUCUUGCUAUAUCAAGCCGGACCAAGAGUUCGCGAGAUUUUUAAACAAAUCCCCGAGACAGGAACUGAUACGGACUACGACAUCGCGAAACAGAAAUUAAAGGCUUACUUCGACCCUCAAAAGAAUCGGCGGUACGAAGUUUAUCGUUUUAGACAAACAACUCAAGAACACAAUGAGACAUUAGAUCAAUUUCACACCAAACUUAGAACAAUAUCAGAAACCUGUGAAUUCGCAGACGUUGAAUUUGAAAUCGAAGAACAAAUCAUUAUAGGCGGAAAUUCAUCAAAAAUACGAAAGCGAGUACUGCGUGAUCCUACAUUUGACUUAAAAACAAUGCUUUUAGAAGGACGUCGUGACGAGCAGAGCAAGUAUCAAGCUGAACAAAUUGAAUCUAAAGAACAAACUGACGGUGAGGCUAAUAAAUUAGAACAAAAACCUAAUAACG